AUGAGGUUUCUUCAAACCCUCAAGAAAAACCCUGCCCUAACCAAGACCAUUCAAAUUUUUAAAGAUCCUACGGCACAUGCUGAUGCUGUUACUAAUGCUGGUCUUACCUUUUUCACUGCAUUGUACAAAUUCACUGACAAGGAAAGCGCGUCCUUGAACAAAUUGAGGUAUAAAUGCUACCUUAGAUCUGCAUACAAAACAACAGCACAUUUGGCGUCUCUACCUCCUACCGAAGCUGCAGCACAGCAACAUCCUUUGAGAGUUUACUUUCAAGUACAACAAUGGCAUGGAAAUGAAAAGAAUCCUGAACAAUGUGGUUGGAAGAAAACCAAAGGAGGUCUACAACCAGUAACAACAUUACAGCCACCAGCACCAGACGCUGUAUUGAAACUAAUAGCUUGCAAAAAUAGCUUGCAAAUGCAUAAAGACCUGUAA